UCUUCUUUGUCUCCAUCUGCAAAUGUCCGUAUAUUUGAAACACAGUGAGGGAGAGACUUGUUUAUGAAAUUUUCUUUCUUCUCAUGAGAUCGAGAAACUCUCCAGAAGAAGUAAUCGUUUCGAGGUGUUAACAGAAACAUCUUUGACUUGUUGAACCAUCUUCAUGGAGAAUCUAAAUACUGAUUUUGUUACAAACGCAGAAGAAAGAGAAAGCCUUUACGAGGAGAUGGCUUGUUUCGAUUCCGCAGAAGUUACGGCGGAGAGCGGCGCCGGACCACCGCCGCAGACUCUUGUCGCCGGAAGCACGAGCAACAGCAACUGCAGCGUUGAUGUGGAGGAGCUCCCUGAGUUCCAUCUCAGCCCACAAGACUGUCCUCAACCUUCCUCAACACCUCUGCAGUUUCACAUCAACACUCUUCCUCCUCCUCCUCCUUGCGACAAUCAAUACCAAAACAAUAACAUCAAUCUCAUUCACCAGAUGUCUCACGAUCAACAACAACACGCUAACUGGGAUAAUAAUGGCUAUCAAGACUUCGUAAACUUGGGUCCAAACUCUUCAACAACUCCUGACUUGCUAAGUCUCCUACACUUGCCUAGAUGCUCACUCCCUCAGUCUAUGCUCCCUAACUCCUUCUCAGACUUCAUGUCUUCUUCCUCUGCUGCCGCCGUCAUGUACGACCCUCUCUUCCAUCUCAACUUCCCUCUCCAGACUCGAGACCAACAAAGAAACAAUUCUUGUUUUCUUGGAGUUGAAGAUCAGAUUCAGAUGGAUGGGUUUGACAAUGGGGUUAUCGAGUUUAGCAGUGGUGGUAACAACCGUAAAGGGAGAGGAUCAGGAAAGUCCAGAACUUUCCCUACAGAACGUGAGAGAAGAGUUCACUUCAACGAUCGCUUCUCUGACCUCAAGAGCCUCAUUCCAAACCCCACAAAGAAUGAUAGAGCAUCGAUCGUUGGGGAGGUAAUAGAUUACAUCAAAGAGCUGUUGAGGACCAUAGAGGAUUUAAAGAUGCUUGUGGAGAAGAAAAAGUUUGGGAGAUUCAGGAGCAAGAAGAGAGGUAGAGUUGGUGGAGAAGAAGAAGAGCAAGAAGGAGACAAUGUGGUUUACAGGCCAAAGAGCGAGGUAGAACAGUCUUGCUUCAACAACAACAAGGCGCUGAGAUGUUCUUGGCUGAGGAGGAAAUCGAAAGUCACUGAGGUGGAUGUGCGUAUUAUUGAUGACGAAGUGACCAUUAAGGUUGUCCAGAAGAAGAAGAUUAACUGUUUGUUGUUCACAACCAGAGUUCUUGAUCAGCUUCAGCUCGAUCUUCAGCAUGUUGCUGGUGGACAGAUUGGUGAGCAUUACAGCUUCUUGUUCAACACUAAGAUUUGUGAAGGAUCUUGUGUGUAUGCAAGUGGAAUUGCAGACACAGUGAUGGAGGUUGUGGAGAAACAGUACAUGGAAGCUGUUCCAGCCAACGGCUACUGAGAGACAUUUGGUGCUUUAAGUGCUCUUUGUUUUACCCUAUAAUGACUGAUUAGUUAUUAAUCACUUUGGUAAUUUUCUAAGUUAUGGAUUUCUUUUUUUCUGCUUAUGGUUUCGUCAACUAAUGAUACUCUUCACUU